AUGAGCAAGCGGGCGGGCAAACGGACGAGCAGCAAGGCAACCCACCACACCAGGCCAGCCGACACCCACAAGGCAGCAAAUCCCCGGAGAGAGAGUGCCGUGCGCUCAGCCGCAGGCAGGCCGAGCACCAGAAGAAGGCGAGACCAGCAGCAGACCAGCCGCCGGACCCCCCCCAGCCACUGGAAGCCAGACCACCCCCCGCCCCCAGAACUGACGGCGCACCACUCACGCACUGGAGCACCACCCAUGACAAGUCUGCAGACAGACCCGGGGGACAACAGCCCAGUAACACACAAAGACCGGCGGCAACAAACGCCCAAGCGCCCGGCAGAGUACCACACCCCCAGCAGACGCACACUCCCCACCCCCCGCCAGUCAUUCAGGCCCACGGCCCCCACGAGCAAGACCAAGCCCCACCCCAUUAGAGAGCCCGGCCCCCCUGUAGCCACCAUGGUGCAGCAACCCCAACCUACCAUGGCGGCAUGCAGGCCACCAGUAGCAUGGGCAGCGCCCCCCAGAGACUGCCAAAUCCCCCCCGAGCACGCAGAAGUGUCCACGGCCCAGGUCAGUCCAAGGGAAAAACCACAAGCCGCCCCCCCAAAUGGCCACCUCAGGGAAGAGCAGGCGAACCAGACAAAAACGCCCCACAAGCCAGGCCACCCCGGGAAAACCAUCGCACCGUGA